CCUUAAUACACACAUACUUCUGCAACAGGUUGUGUCUUCACAGAACAAGAAGCAAAAGAAGACAACGGGAAAAGUAUAUAAAAAUGGAGAGCAUAAUGAGUGAUCAUGGCAAAUAUCUGCAGUGCUUUGAGCUGCUGCUAAAGAAUUCCAGAGAACAUGAGUGCAUGAUAGAGUUCAUUCAUACAAUUCUACCAGAUGUCCUGGCCAGCAUUGGAGUAGAUAAACCCACUCUGAAUGUGAUGGGAGUGGGUAGCGGAUCAGGCGAGAUCGAUCUGGAAAUUCUCAAAGUGCUGCAUGAAAUGCAUCCAGAUGCCAAAGUAGAAAAUGAAGUGGUGGAACCCAGCAAACCCAUGAUUAACAAAUAUAAGGCUUUAUUAUUGAAGACACCAGGCCUUGAUUAUGCUACUUUCAGGUGGAAUAAAAUGACUGCAACAGAAUUCAAGACUGAAUGGGAUAAGAGAAAUGAGAAAAAAAUGCACUUCAUUACCAUGAUUCAGAUGCUGUGCUAUGUGGACGAUAUGGAGAGCACACUUUCCUUCUACCAGAGUUUACUGCACAAAGAUGGGAAAAUCCUUGUCAUUCUGGCCAGAGCUGAAAGUGCAUGGGCCAGACUAUUUUAUGAUUUUGAAGAUCAACUGUACCAGAAGGGAUUUGGCCUGAAUAUUUCAACCAAAGAGAUCAAGAGUUAUCUGGAUUCUAAAAAAAUCACCUAUCAAACGUACAAGUUACACUCCCCACUGGACGUCACUGAGUGUUUCACACCUGGCGAUAUAAAAGGAGAGGAGAAACUGGACCUUGUGACUGAGGUGAUUGACUUCAGUAAGACUGCUCCUCCAGAGCUGAAGGAUAGAGUGCUGGAGUUUCUUAAACAUCCAGACAACAGCCAAGAAGUAAACGGCAGAAUCCUGUUUGAUUGUAGCUUGGAGGCUGUGUUGAUCGACGCAUAGGGCCUGAACGUUAGGCUUUACCAGCUGCUGGACAAGUUUUUCUCUGCAUGGUGUAUCUUGACGUUGCGGCACUUGCUGAUCGGCGCAUAGGGCCAGAACUUUAAAAUACACAUGGAGCGAAUUUUCACAAAUCUACUCACAUAAAAGUAAAAAGCAUGUUGCAGUAAAACUACUUUUUUUUCAAAAAGUUAAAUGUAACAGAGUAGAUGGAACUCCUUACUACCCACCUCUGCUGGCCAGCACUGUGUGUAUACUAAUUUUUGAAAAUAUUCUAAACAGUUGUAUUGGCCAAUACCAGUCAAAUAAAGCCCACCUUCACUUGCAUUUGGAAUUCAUGCUGAGAGCUUGAAUAAACAGAUACCAAAUACAAAUGUAA